AUGGCGACAAAAGACCCAGCUGUCGUGGCUCCGGAUGAAUUCCAGCUGGAGGCGGGAAGAGGAAACACAGGCACCAACGUUGGUGAUGCACUCGAGAAGCCUUCGUCUUCCACUGGAACAAUGGUCGACGAGCCUACAGACCCAAAUGUUGUUGAUUGGGAUGGACCUGAUGAUCCUGAACAUCCACUCAAUUGGUCCAAGACUCAGAAGAAUCUUCACCUAGUGAUUGUCAGUUUAUUCACACUGGCAGCAAAUCUUGCUGCCACCAUGUUCGCACCUGGAGCAGAAGAGUUGGCCACUGAAUUCAGCAUCACCAACUCCACCGUCACGGCCAUGACCGUCAGUCUGUACGUGCUGGGCUUCGCUCUCGGUCCACUUCUUCUCGCGCCUCUGUCAGAACUUUAUGGCCGUCUUGUAAUUUACUACGGCUGCAAUUUUGUAUACAUCGCAUUCACCAUUGGCUGUGCUCUCAGCACAAACGUCGCUAUGUUUUUGGUCUUCCGAAUCAUAUGCGGUUGCGCUGCCUCAGGUCCGAUGAGUAUCGGAGGUGGUACGGUAGCAGACUUGUUUCCGCAAGAGGAGCGUGGUAAAGCCAUGGCUUUGUUCACUGUAGGACCUUUACUUGGCCCUGUGAUUGGUCCUAUCAUAGGAGGUUUUGUCUCUGAGAAUGUCGGCUGGCGAUGGACAUUUCGCAUCAUCCUAAUAUUUUCGGGAUUGAUCGGAGUCGCAACGGUGAUCUUGAUGCGCGAGACAAAUUAUACGGUCCUUCUCCAAAGGAAAGCCCAACAGGCUCGAAAGGAGACUGGGAACGAUAAGCUUGUCCCAAAGUUGACCCGCGACGAGACACCAAAACAGAUGCUCGCCCGAGCUAUCGUCCGCCCACUCAAGCUUCUCAUAUUUUCUCCCAUCGUCUUACUCAUCUCGCUCUACACUGGUAUCCUCUUCGGUCUGAUCUUCCUACUCUUCACCACUUUCCCGUCCGUCUUCCAAGAUGUAUACGGCUUCAGUCCAGGCACUGCUGGACUGGCAUACCUUGGUCUGGGUAUCGGUAUGAUACUGGGUCUGGUUCUGUUUUCUGUUCUCAGCGACAAGAUGCUCAAGCAGAAGAGUGGUGCUGCCAGGCCCGAGGAUCGCCUUAUUCUGAUGAAGUGGUUGGGUCCAAUUACCCCAUUGGGUCUUUUCAUAUACGGCUGGACGGCCAAGUACGCCGUCCACUGGAUUGUGCCAAUCAUCGGCACGUUUGUCGUUGGAUUCGGUUCUCUCUUCGUGGUCAUCCCUGGACAAAUCUAUCUCGUGGAUGCUUUCGGAGCAGAGGCUGCUGCUUCGGCAAUGGCUGCCAACCUGUUGGUCAGGUCUCCCUUCGGUGCCUUUCUGGAUCUCACAGCGUCACCAUUGUAUGAGAGCCUGGGUCUCGACUGGGGUAACAGUGUUCUUGGGUUCAUCUGUCUUCUGUUCACUCCGGUGCCAUGGCUCUUCUGCACUUAUGGAGAAAGAAUGCGGACUCACUUCAAGGUGGACCUGUGA